GUUGUUUUCUCGGAUCCCGGUGUGAUUCCUCGGAAUCUCGACGCGCACACUGAUUUUGUGGAGGCUGUUGAAAACUGUGAACGUGUGAACUACUGUUUCACCUGUUGGGUUGAUAAACCCCAAGGUGCAAAACACUGCAGUGUUUGUGACCGGUGUGUGAAGGAUUUCGAUCAUCAUUGCCCAUGGCUUCAUCAAUGUAUAUCGAUCAGAAAUCUGCGAUUAUUUCUCGUUUUUGUUGCUUGCGUGGCCGCUUCAGCUGGAAUCUACACUUGUGCGUGUGUACUGCUUCUUAUUGAUGAGUACCGUAGAUUGGAC